UGGAGGCAUCUGCUGCUUUCCUCUUCACGUCACCAACGACAAGUGAAGCACAGAUCUCGCUUGCCUCAAAGGAUCUCCUAACUAGCCAGGAACUCAUGUUCUAGACACAGCAGACACAUGGCUAUCAAACUGUACCUUCUGUCCUUGCUACUUUGUGGAAGUACAGUGUCUGAGCAACCAGUUCCCUUCAAUAGCGCUGCAGAACCCUUGGAUUUUGGAUUUGUACCAACUGGAAGCUACGAUACAGUGGCAUACCAUGAACCGGGAGCUAUCGGGUUAUUAUUCCAGAUAGUCCAAGGAUUCCUGUACGUAGUACAGCCUAACAGAUUCCCUCAAGAACUUGUGAAGAAAAUUGCCCAGCAGAAGCUCGGUGACACACGGAGUGAUUAUCAAAAGCCAGAAAAUGUUGUCCUUACACUCCAGACGAUCCGGUAUGAGAUUGGCUUCAUUAUCGCGGCGGCGGUGGGGCUGCUGUUCUUUGUGCUGAUGCCCCUGGUAGGCCUUUGCUUCUGCAUGUGUCGCUGCUGCGAUAACUGCGGCGGGGAAAUGCACCAGAGGCAUAAGAAAAACGCAGACUGUCAGAGGGGCUGCUUUGCAACGUUCCUUUUUGUUUCGUCGUUGGUAAUAAGUGUGGGAGUUCUGUGUGCUUACGCUGCAAAUCAGAAUCUUACCAACCAGAUACGGGGAUCAAGAAAACUCGUACACAGCAACUUUAAAGACUUAAGAGCCUUGUUAAACGAUACUCCCAUGCAAAUCGACUACAUACUGAGCAAGUUUAACGUUACAAAGGACAAAGCGCUUUCUGAGCUUAACAAUAUCUCGCCACUGCUUGGUGAACGUGUACACGAGCAGCUGAGCAAAGACGUGCGGCCGGCUUUUGAUGCUGUUCUUAAUAUGGCUGGAGCAAUUAAAGAGACCAAGGAAGCUUUGGAAAACGUUAGUGUGGCCAUCGAAGUGCUGCAAGAAGCAACUGACAAGCUGAACGCAAACCUGACAGACGCCAGGAUGCAGCUGAACAGCACCUUAAGUGAUGCCGCGUGCUCAGCCAACGUGGCGAUGAUACCAUGCAAUAACAUAAAGAAUUCGCUAGAUCAGCUGAAAAUCCACGCAAACUUCCAUGCGCUACCAAAUCUUAACCGAUAUCUUGGAAAAUUAAAUGACGUUCUCAGAACUGACCUUAGCAGCCUUGUUCAGAAGGGCUAUGCAGCAUUUAAUAACACACCAGAAAUGGUGCAGAACCAGACCCGAAAUGUUGAGGAAGAUGUAAGAAAUGUUUUGGAUUCCAUCGGCUCGAAUAUCUCCAACUAUUCCAAAAUGAUCCCCGUGCUUCAUAUUAUUUCCAACUUGACAUUGUAUCUGGCUCGCGGUGAGACGUACAUCCGGGAAUAUUACCCAGUGGUCGAACAAUAUGAUUUCUACAGGUGGUUGGGAUCUCUCGUCCUCUGCUGUAUGGUGGCCCUCAUUGUUGUCUUCUACUACCUGGGUUUGCUCUGUGGUUCCUGCGGCUACGAUCAGCAUUCUUCUCCGACCACCCGAGGCUGUAUCUCCAACACCGGCGGGAACUUCCUUAUGGCCGGGGUUGGAUUUAGCUUCAUUUUCUCCUGGAUACUCAUGCUGAUUGUGGUCAUUACCUUCCUUGCUGGAGGGAAUGUAGAAAAGCUGGUGUGCGAGCCCUUCCAAGACAGGUCGCUGUUUAAGGUAUUGGAUUCCCCUUAUCAGUUAAAUUCACAGUGGAAAAACUACCUGGCUGGUGUCCUCUAUCAGAAUGCAGAUGUUAACCUCACCUUUGAAAAAGUAUAUAGUGAUUGCAAGGACAACAAAGGCAUUUUUACUGCACUUCAGAUGGAUCAUUUAUUUAAUCUAAAUGAAUUUUUGAACAUCAGCAUGUACGUUGAUGAUGUAACUGAUAAAAUUGAUAUGGUGAACCUAAAUUUGAGUAACAUAGUCUUGCUGGAUAAAAAAGGAAAACAAAAUUUAGAGGAAUUCAGUGCCACUGGGAUUAAUGAAAUAGACUUUGAUGCUUUCUUAACAGAGAUGAGCAAGACUAGCACCAAAGUAGAUCUUUUGGCAUUUGCUAAUGAAUUGGAAGAAAAUGCUGAUAUGUUGCCAAAAGGAGCCUUAGGAAAUGCAUUAAAGGGACACGCAAACAGCAUACGGACGAUCCAUAUUCAACAAGUUGUCCCUCUGGAGCAGUCAAUGAAAUAUGUUAAAGCUAGGGUCACAUUAAAUCAGAGUAUUAAAUUACUACAAACAACAUCAUUUGAUAUUGAGGAAAAGGUGUUCGAUGUGAUUGCAUCUAUCGAUAAUGCGCAGUUGCUAAUCAACAAUAACGCUUCCUUCGUUAUAAAGCAGGAGUUUAAAAAGUUCAUGAACACCGUCAUCAACUACUUUUUUCAAUACAUUCAUUGGGUGAAGGAAGCUGUAGCCUUCGAUGUGGCGGGAUGUAAGCCCAUCGCCAACGUCGUUGACACUGCAGUAGAUGUGUUUUUAUGCAGCUACGUAAUAGAUUCCGUGAAUUCUUUCUGGUUUGGCUUAGGAGGCGCAACGGUAUUUUUAAUCCCUGGCAUCAUUUUUGCUAUAAAGUUGGCAAAAUUCUACCGCAGAAUGGACACAGAAGAUGUUUACGAUGAUGCUGUUGAGCAGUGGUAGAAGACACUGGAGAUAAAGAUGAAAAACACUCCUUUAGUGUGCAGUUUCUGCAGACCAAGUUGGGCAGCUGGAACAUUAGCGCCGAGCAUCUAUAAAUACUUGACGGAAUUUACUCAUUCCAUCCACGUUGGACCAUUUCACUUCAAUGGACACAAGGACCACUGGGUUAAUUUUACAAAGAUUUGACUAUAUAAAGUAAAUUUUAUACAUAUAAAAUGAAUUAUAUUGAAAGUUUUCACUGCCAAGAAAAAAAAUGUGAAUAGCAAAACGAAGGGGGGAGUCAGUUACAAGUGUUUACACUAGUCCUAGUUUUUGUAACAAGAACUUUUGUAUUAUAUUGACUAUUUAUUUUGAUAUUAGUUACACACAUCCUAUAAAUAGAAUUAUUACUUAAAAUAGCAGCUCCUACAAGCAUUUUGAGUUUGCAUUUCUAGCCAGCAUAUUAAAUAUGGUUUAAUAAAAAAAAAUAAAAAAA